AUGCAGCUGCUGGACUCGUCCAUCUCCAUCCUUGACACUGGAGUCAAUGACUUUCCCCGCAUGACCAAAGUGCUCCAUGCCACUCGUCACUUCGAACUGAUCUCCGAGCCCGACUUGAACAACGCGCAACGAUCAUUACUUUCCGAAAUCCGCCCCGAAGUUGACAAUCUUCUCUCUCGCGUAUCAAACUACCUUGACAAGCUCGAGCGCCGCGAGCAGUCUCUGAUUGCCAAAUGUGAGCUCAACGAAGGUCGCCUGUCGCAAUACAACAACGAGCCCUCGGCAUCGCGGUCCCGAAGCGCAAGCAGAGCCGGAGCCAGGGCCUCAGCAGCUAACGGAUUGGCGCCGGCGGAGGAACUUAAGGUGAAACAGCUGCGGCAGAAGAAGGAAAGAUUGAGCUACGCUGUGGAUCGAUUGACGCUACAAGCUCAGCAGCGGGAGAGGCAGUUGAGGAUGAGCAUGGCGGCGCCGCACCAGUUCAAUUACUGA